CAGCGUGCCGUUGCGUGAGUCGAUGAGAAAAUAAAUGGAUUGAUGGACGAAAGGAUGCAGACUCGGGGUUGGACAAGGCGCCUGUUUCUAAUGUGCUGGGGUGCGAACCUGUGUUGACGACGCAUCGUGGCGCAUCCCCCAUGGAACACAUUCCAGGCUUUGUCUCUCAAAUACUGGCUCCAAGUCCCAAAUAUCACAACUCCAACUAUCGGGCUCCAGAGCUGCUCGAACAACUCGGUUCAGACGGUCUUCCCAUUUUGGUUGCGCGACCACGUCUGCGACAUCUCCAAGCCCACCACCUAGUUCGGCCAUGCACUCAAUUAACCGUACUCCAACGUGCCGUGGAAAAGGCCAGCGAUGCCGGGGCCCUGAUUUUCGCCGCCGCGUCAAAUUGGGGCAAUCGGGGCAGCGUCCCUUUCCCAGCACGUCACAGCUUCAGAACCAUGUGCAUGUUCUCAACCAACGCCGACGACCAGGCUUCUUCCUUCAAUCCGGAACCCCGCGAGCGGGAGAACAAUUUUGCCAUCCUGGGAGAGGACCUGGAACACCCCGCCGACCCCCAGCGGCGCGAGAGCGGCACCUCCAUGGCCACAGCCAUCGCCGCCGGGCUGGCAGCCCGCAUCGUCGACUUCAGUAGACAGGGGGAUAAUGCGACGAUCGAGCGGGUCGCCGACGUGGGCUCCCUGGCAGGCAUGACGGCCAUCUUCCGCUUCAUGUCCAAGCGAGCGGGCCCGUUCCAAUGCGUGUCGCCGUUACGUCUCAUGUCGGAGCGAUAUCGAUCCAACGCGAGGGAAAAGAACCGCGCCUAUGUGCGGGAGAGUCUGCACCGAGCAAUGGAGAGCGCCGAUUAGAAUUUAUUCAUGGAGAGAGAUAGAGGUAGCGAUUAGUGACUAUCACAUCAACAAUCAAUUUUCUUCCGUUCAAGUUCUGAAAAUGCUAUCCUCACAAGUCAUGACAAAUUCCACAACCGUUCAGGUCAUAUAUAAAACAGAGCGAGCGAGACACAAGUUUACACUCUGCCAGUAUCGUUCUGGGGGAGAACCCCCAGACCCCCCUUCUUUUCAUCUCUCCAAGCACAGCAACACGCCACGAAAGAUUUCCCUAGCGGGGAACCUUCCUCAAACACCUCUACCAGCCCAUGUACGCCUAACCAGGAAGCUGAAAGAAAGGGGGGUCUG